CACAUUCUCCUGGGUUUUUAGUCUCAAUAUUCUCAAUUGGGUUUCAAAGGCUUUAAACAGUGAGCACAAGGACCUCAGAGUCCAUAUGGAUCUCAAUGAUCUUAACAAGGUUUGGGAAAUCAAACCACUUAAGAAAAUUGGAGAAGAGGAUGCAAGAAAAAUCCUUGAGAGAGUUGCAAAGCAAGUGCAGCCUAUAAUGCGCAAGCGUAAAUGGAAAGUCCGAAUCCUUUCUGAAUUCAGUCCUGCCAACCCGGCUCUUCAGGGGCUCAAUAUAGGAGGAGGUGAUGAAGUUAAGCUCAGACUGCGAAGGCCAAACAACGAAUGGGAUUUCUAUCCGUAUGAACAGAUCCUUGAUACAAUGCUGCACGAGCUCUGCCACAACGAGCAUGGUCCUCAUAAUGCCGACUUUUACAACCUUUUGGACGAGAUCAGACGGGAAUGUGAGGAACUGAUGGGUAAAGGGAUUACCGGCACUGGACAAGGAUUUGAUCUUCCUGGGAGACGUUUGGGUGGUUUCUCACGUCAACCCCCUCCAUCAUCUCUACGCCAGACUGCCUUGGCUGCUGCUGAAAGCAGAGCACGUCGUGGAGCUCUAUUGCCGUCAGGACCUAAGCGUUUAGGUGGGGAUAGCAACAUUAAGGCUGCUUUGAGCCCAAUACAAGCUGCUGCUAUGGCUGCAGAAAGGAGACUACAUGAUGAUCUAUGGUGUGGGUCAAAGUCUUUAGAGGGUGACACUAAUGUCCAGGGUCAUGUCGGAACUUCUCAAAAGCCACAAGCUUUCACAGUUACUGAUGGAAGAUCUACCCAAACUUCUACUCAACCAAAGCCAGGUCCGGAAAAAGUAGAUGAUCAAUCGAAGUGGCAAUGUAGUACGUGCACUUUACUAAAUGAGGAAUUGGCAUUGACAUGUGCAGCCUGCGCGACUUUAAAAGAUAACACCAAGUUUAAGGUUUGGUCUUGCAAAUUUUGUACAUUAGAAAACAGAGUUGGGGUAGAAAGAUGCUUAGCUUGUGGAGAAUGGAGAUACUCAUAUGGUCCUCCUGUCUCCAAUCGCGGACCUUAUGUUGGCACCUGAGAAAGAGUGGAAUUCAGAGUCUGCUCACAAUUGAUGCAGUCUUCAUAUAGAACAAUCUUAUAAAUAUACUUCAUUUAUCACACAGCACAUAAACUGUAAAGUCAGGAUAUCCAUUUUGAUUGUACAUACCUACAUAAAUUUAAAGUCCUUUUGAACCCCA